CGUUUUCCAGCAUAAGUAACAGAUAAAGAUGUCUAUCCUCGCGUACAACGGAGGCUGCGUGGUGGCAAUGAAGGGCAAGAACUGUGUGGCUAUUGCCACCGAUCACCGGUUUGGCGUACAGGCACAAACCAUUGCCACAGACUUUGAGAAGGUGUUCGAAAUCAAUCCACACAUGUACUUGGGGCUGGUCGGGCUGCAGACAGACAUCCUGACGGUGUACCAGCGGUUGCUGUUCCGGAAAAAUCUGUACGAAGUCCGGGAAAACCGGCAGAUGACACCGGAACGGUUUGCGGCCAUGCUUUCCAACUUCCUGUACGAGAAACGCUUCGGGCCGUACUUCAUCGAGCCGGUAAUUGCCGGGUUGGACCCGAAAACGUACGAACCGUUCAUCUGCAACAUGGACCUUAUCGGAUGUCCCAAUCUGCCGAACGAUUUCGUGGUGGCUGGCACGUGUGCGGAACAGCUGUACGGUAUGUGUGAAACACUCUGGAAGCCGGACCUGGAACCGAACCGCCUAUUCGAGGUGAUCUCCCAAGCGCUGGUGAACGCGUUCGAUCGAGAUGCAAUCUCCGGUUGGGGCGCAACCGUAUACAUCAUCGAGAAGGAAAAGAUAACGGUGAAGAAGCUGAAGACGCGUAUGGAUUAA